UACACGUGCACCCCGCGAGCAGGCUCUACUCUCUCCUACUCUACUGUUUUUUUUAGUCCGGUGAUUUUUGUGGUUGUUUGUUAGUAAUUCUCAGAACUACUAUAAAUUACAGUCUGUAGUUGCGAAAAUUACUGAAAAUGCGUCCAGGCGCUCUAGAAAAUGGGUUUGGAUUUGGUGAACCUGAGCUGGACGCAAAUUCUGCUCUCACAGAAUUAGAUAAAGGUUUGAGAUCCACAAAACUUGGAGAGCAAGUUGAAUCAAUCGUCCGCUUUCCAGCUCUAUUCGAACGUUAUCCAUUCCCCAUUUUGAUCAACUCGGCCUUUCUAAAAUUGGCUGACGUAUUUCGUACCGGCUCCAACUUUUUGAGGCUGUGGGUCUUGAGGGUUUGCCAACAGAGUGAACGGCAUUUGGACAAGAUACUGAACGUCGACGAGUUUAUACGAAGAAUAUUUAGCGUGAUUUACGCAAAUGAUCCAAUUGCUCGAGCUCUCACCUUAAGAACUUUGGGCAGCUUGGGUGGACUCAUUCCCGAAAAGAAGAAGGUCCAUCACAGUAUUAGAGUAGCUCUAGAUUCUAAUGAUAAGGUGGAAGUGUCCGCCGCAAUAUGUGCUGCAUCGUCUUUCGCGCAAAAAUCCAAGACGUUUGGAACUACAAUGUGCAUGAAGAUUGCAUCAAUGGUACAACGACUAUCGACUCCAAUCGAUCUAAAAUUGAGGCUGAUCCCAAUAUUUCAACAUAUGCAUCAUGAGGUUCAAACUGCGUCAAUGGUCCGUAAAUUGUGUCUGGAUCUUUUGUUAAAUUAUCCCUCUCAACAAUUUGUAAUUACCAUUUUGCACACGUUAACACAAUUGGCUGCUGCAACUAUUACUGAUUUGACCGAGCAGGUUGCAUUCUUACUAACGUAUUUGGAAGAUUCAAGACCCCUGGUGAAGAUCAAUGUUCUGAAGGACUUAAAGUUUUUGGGGGAGAAAGGUGGCCAUUUAUGGGAUCCAAACCAUGUGUCUGCUUUGAUAGACUGCAUUGUGAAAGACAACAAUCAUACGAGUAACAACGGCAAUAACGAUGAUGACGCGAUGGAAAUUGAUCAUCCGGUGGACUGUGAUCUUCUUGAUGCCCAGAUUGUUCACAUUGCGUUUGACGUUAUUCACAGUCUAACAUCCUCUUCAGCAAUUCUACCCUUUGUAAACGCUCAAAACUCUUCAUUACGGCAAUUGUUGCAGACAAACAUUCAUUCGUCAGACAUUAUUUCUGCAUUGAAAGCGAUCCAGAUUACUACUGAUCUGGCUAUUAACUGGUGGGGCAAUCCAACAGAAACGUGUUGUACAAACCUUGUAGAUAUGGCAUCCAGUGGAAUCGAAUCACUACUGAUAUCUCUGUGUUCUCAAACAAAAGAAGAUUUAGCUGAGGAAAGGUUCAGAAAUGAAGUGUUUUUAGAUUUAGAAAAGUGUUUAGCUUGUGGCGUCCUUCUAACAAAGGCAGACAUGUCCAAAUGUGAAUGGCUGUGCAGAAUAUUAAUUCAACUGUUUAAGUUGCCUGCAAUUGCAGGGCGGAGCAAAAAUUUAAUCGUUCAAGCUAUUGGAUCAAUCGGCAGUAUUGAUAUUGAGUCCGUCAUGAAAGUUUUACCCGACAUCUUAACAAUAUUAAAAAGAAUGGACUCACAAGCUAUUAACAAUGAGAAUUGCACUGUGGCAACAUUAGUUGGAAUUAUUUUUCAAGCUCAUCAAGGGCAAACACUCACUGCUAAAACUAUGCUUACUCUUCAGUCUACAAUGAAACUUUCCAAUUUGUGGUUAGCGUAUCGGAUGGCUCGAAAUUCUCUGAGAUAUUCCCAACCAGAAACUGCAGUAACUGCUUUUGCUGCCAUGAAGUCAGAAGUAUGUUCAGAAAAUUUUCAUUAUUGGCUUUCGGCUCUGCAUAGCAUAGCAAGUGCUGAACACAUUCUUAGUGAUAAUAAGACGAUCCCAAGGUUAAUUCCCCGAAUAAAUCAAGCGAGUAAUUUGUACUUACAAGGUGUCGCUACUGUUAAGGCGGCCAGUUCACCUUCAAGUUCUUUAUUGUUUCAAAUUGAAUAUUUGAGAUUGAGAUCAGAAAUGUUGGUAGCAUUUUCCAAUUUCCUAGUCUCCUGUAAUACCCUCCAACUCUCUCCACCUGCUGAAAUUGCAUCGACUGUAGCCACAGUUAUGCGAGACGAAUUAUUAAAAUCUGGUCGUAUUGUUACUCAGCUGAGAAAAUGUAUAAGAGAAUUUCAAAAUAUCAGUGAACUGUAUGGAAAAUUAUACCAAACCGCCUUUGAUGCUGACAAUGAUAGUUUACUAAAUAUACAAAUUUUGCAGCAGCUUUGCCGACUUGUGGCAAGAUCGAUUGAGAGACAAGUUGUCUCUCGAGAUCAUCCCUCAUGUUCUGAUGACGAUCAGUCCAUUCACUUUUUUUCUGAAAUGAAUUAUGUUAAUAGUGGCAACUCAUGGACCUUGAUUCUAUCGUGUAAAAAGGCAAUUAAUGUUCUACAAACAAUGAAAAAAUUGCCGACACAAAUGGUCACUUAUCAAAACAUCGAAUGUCUAAGACAACUUGUUCAAGUAAUCAUUGAAUCGCCGUUGCCGUAUCCGAGAUUUUUCUUUCAAACAUUACAAAUCACCAGAGUAAAGAUUGCUGUUAGUCCGCAACCUAGGAAGGCUGGAGAAGCUGUGACAAUAAUGCAUGGAAACAAUCUUGCUCUAAAAGUGGAAGGAGUUAUUCAGCAAAACAGUUCCAACUCGGAUGACUCUCGUCCCGGAAUUAAGGUGUUUAGAAAACCUAAAGCAAUAAGAAUUACUGUAAUUUCAACACCUUUGCUGAACCCGCGUAUCCAUUUAAUGGACCCCAUGAAGCUGCCACAAGAGACGAUUACACUGUCAAAGGAUGUUACUCCACACAGGGACUAUUUCCAAGCACAGUUUUUGCUUUUGGUGGCAGCUGGAUUGACUAGCGUUACAGUGGACACUUCUCUUGUUGACUAUGAAGGGAGAGUUUGGAUAACCGGACCAAAGGCAGUAUUGUCUGUACGUGUGUUGGACGAAACAGGCAUGUCAGGAAAACCAACUGCAACGUCCAUUCCUGGUCCUGGUCCAUCGACGAGACCCAUGAAUCUUGGAGGAUCAGGGCCAGGGGGUUCCUUAAUUAUGCCUCCAAGAUAUUAAUAAGUUACGACGUUUUACACUGUUCAUUGUUUUUUUAUUUGCCGAAAUUUUUAUAAUAUUAAUUACACUGUUUCAUAAAAUGUGAAACUGUAUACAUACUUACAUAUAUCACAGAAAAACAUGUUUUCAUACAAACAGUUAACAUCUAUACAGAUACAUUCAUAGGUGUAAAUGUAACUAUAUAUAAAAUAAAACUUUUAAAUUUA